ACUUGGCCGAUUUUGGCUUCUUCUUCUCUCUUCCUGCUCGCACUUCCAAGCAGCCAGGUGCUCCAUUAGAGAGAGAGAGGAGCGUGCGUGUGAGCGUGUGUGCAGAAAAAGGAAGGAGAGACUUUCUUGCCUACACCUUUUUGUGGAUUUUUCUCCGCCAACACGCUUCUUCCUGGACUUUACGUCUCCAAACUCUGGAUUCUCUCUUUUUUUUUAAAGUUCUUAUUUCCGGCUGCACCCCCCCCACCCCCAGACGUGGCAUGCCUGCUAUCUCGCACCUGGACAGGUGAACUUGCUUUUCCCCCCUUUCCCGCGCUAACCAGAUAAGAACUCCCCCCCUCCCCCCGUCCCUACCCCAGAAGAUGUCCAAACCGGCAGACCACAUCAAGAGACCCAUGAACGCCUUCAUGGUCUGGUCCCGCGGCCAGAGGCGGAAGAUGGCCCAGGAGAACCCCAAGAUGCACAACUCGGAGAUCAGCAAGCGUCUGGGCGCCGAGUGGAAGCUGCUGUCCGAGUCCGAGAAGAGACCUUACAUCGACGAGGCCAAGCGGCUCCGGGCUCAGCACAUGAAGGAGCACCCGGACUACAAGUACCGGCCCCGGCGCAAACCCAAGAACCUGCUGAAGAAGGACAGGUACGUCUUCCCGCUGCCUUACCUGGGCGACACGGAGCACCUGAAGGGUCUCCCGGUGUCCGCCGCCGCCGACUCCCUGCUGAGCGCCUCGGAGAAGGCGCGCGCCUUCCUGCCCCCCUCCUCGGCCCCGUACUCCUUCCUGGACCCGAGCCAGUUCAGCUCCAGCGCCAUCCAGAAGAUGAGCGAGAUGCCGCACACGCUGGGCACCGGCUCUUUGCCCUACGCCUCCUCGCUGGGUUACCAGAACGGCGCGUUCGGGGCGCUGGGCUGCCCCACGCAGCACACCCACACCCACCCGUCGCCCACGAACCCGGGCUACGUGGUGCCGUGUAACUGCACCGCCUGGUCCGCGUCCAGUUUACAGCCCCCGGUGGCCUACAUACUCUUUCCAGGUAUGACCAAGACUGGGAUUGACCCCUACUCGUCCGCGCACGCCGCUGCCAUGUAACACACACCCUCUUUGCAACAUGCAUGUACAUACGACGUGGACGCGCACGAACAGUAUUAACAGUCAAGCGUUUGGACUUUAAAAAAAACAACAACAAAAAAAACAAGUUCCGGAUUGGGACUUGGAAGAAAUGUAAAUGUUUAUAUGGCAGCCACAAGAAAAGGAGGCCUUUAACUUUAUUUAUUGUGUACAUUUCAAUGCUGAUAUGAUCAUUUGUGUUGAUUAUUGAUAAGAUAUUCUUCCUUUUGGUUCUUUUAGUCCACCUUUUGGCACUCUACAAUUCCAUCCCGGCUAAACCAGGAGCUUUAGGCUGGAUUAUAUACGGGUUAUAUUGUUUAGAUUCAUCCCCAAAAAGCCACAUCAAAGCAGACGCUCUAUUUAAGACAAACAAUAAUGUUUUAUUUAACACUUUUUUACCCUGUGAUGAAGUGCUAUUAAUAAUUGCACGCUCGUUUUCAUUUUUUUUAUUUAAAUUUUAUGAUGAUUUUUUUAUUUUUUUCUGACAAUUCAAGGAGUUUAUGUGUAUUUUCUAUCUAAGAUUUAAAAGCUGUCAUGUAAUCUAGAAGGUUUGACACCUCCUCACCUCCUCUUUGUUCACUUUGUGGAGCAGAGAGAAUCCAAUAAAGACAAUCUGUCUUCACCUACUUGAUGCUUUCUGGGAAAACAUAAUUGGUUCAAAAUCAAAUUUAUUGGGGGGAAACAUAAGUUUUAAAAAGCAACGUGGCCACAAAUGACUAUAAAUUAUUACAACUUUAAAAUAAUUUGUUUAAAAAAUUAUUUUGGGGGGUGGGAUACGUGAAAAUUACCAGUUAAAAAAAGUGAGAAUAAAUUGUGAAAAAUGAGUUAUGAAGGAAAAUACUUUGAAAUAAUUGCAAAAAGGUGUAAACGGUAAUUGCUUCAAAUUUAUAUAUUUUUUAUACUGUCUGCUCAGAAAUAACACAUGAAAGAAAUAUGAUGGAGGAAAACAAAUAUUCCAUAUGAUCACAAUUGGUAAACAUUGGAAUUGUUUGUUAAAUAUAUAUAUAUAUACAUAUUUUUUCAAGUCAGAAAUAUUUCCAAAAUAUUUCAAACGUCAGAAUAAACAUUUUAAAUGAGGCUAAAAUAUUUAGAAUAAAUUUGUUAAAAAUAAUUGAGUAUUGAGUAUAUAUAUAUUGAGUAUAAUUGAGUAUUUUUAAAUAAGACCAAACAAGCUUAAAAGAUUAAAACAAUGAGUUAAAAAAUAAAAUAAUGACUAUACUUUGCAGCCCCCCCCCCCCAUUUAAUCCUCAUGGGGGAUGCGCGUGCAGGUUUGGAGGUUCUGAGCUUCCGAGUGGUUUUUGCUGUUUGUUUGGAGAGGAGACUUUUCCUGGUUUUCAUCCCCAGCCCAAGAGAGGCAAGGCAGGGAGGAAAAAGAGAGAGCAAGGAGGGGAGGGAUGGAGGCCUCCCUGGAGGGAUCCCGCCUGUCAGACCCGUUUGACGGCUUCAUGGCUCCAAGCAGGGGGGGGCCCUCUGCUUGGAUCUGCCAAGUGGAUUCAUCAUGGAGAGACCGCAAAAAAAAAAAAAACACACACAACUAAAAAGAAAUCUUUUUCUUUGUACAUCCUGCAACUUGUCUGCACGUUUGAUGACUCAGCCAAAAACCCCACCCUAAAAAAAAAGAGAUGACUUGCUCCAACGUGCGCUCACUCAUUAAGACAAAAGACUUGACACGCACGCAGGAAUGAGACCUUCGUGUGUGUGUGUGUGUGUGCGCGUGCGCAGCUUUCCUCACCACUCAACUGGGAGUGCAUUUCUAAUUAAGAAUUUAAUUUUCCACGUACAAAUUGUUGACUUUAUCUGUCAGGAACAUAUGCUGCUGCUGCUGCACGGAGGAGUGGAGGUGCAAUCUAGCCCUGGAGGGGGUGGAAUUUAGGCAAGGAGUGUGUGUGCGUAUGUGUGUGUGUGUGUGUGUGUGUGUGUGUGACAGUGUCGUAGUUAUCAGCAGCUUGUAAAUGAAGAUACUUGAAGUUGUACACCCCCUUGCCUUCCCCCCAAAAAAAGCAUCUCCAUUCAAUUUUCCAAUAAUUGUACAUUAUUAUAACGACUGACAUCAUUUAUUUUCGUUCUUAUUUUAUGCAUUGUUUCCAAUAAAUUACAUUUAACGAGACAGGAAACGAGAAAGGAGUUUUACGCUUAAAAAAAAUAUUAUUAUUUUCUCCCCCUCCCACCGUGGCACCCCACCCCUUGACGCUUUUAGUCUCCUUAUCUCCUUUGCAGCAACACUGACGAUAAUUGUUUUGUACAUUUUUUAUUUCAUUAAGCAGUCAUUUAUAUGCUUCAUUUUUUAACUGAUAAAAAAAUAUUUAAAAAAAAGGGGGGGCACUUGAAAUCCAAAAGCAUGACAAAGAGAACUCACACAACCAAUUUCUAAGGUGUGUUUCUUUUCCCUUUUUCAUGAUUAAAAGCAGCCACGGGUCAUUUCAACAAUUGCCUCGCCUUAAUGAUGUUUAAUUAAGUGAGUCAUGGAGACAAAUGUCAUUAUACUUCUUGUUUCAAAAAGAGGACAAGCUGUCAUGAUGCCGAUGUUAAAAAAAAAAAAGAAAAAGAAACACACUUAUGUGAAAAGAGGAUAAAAGUGAUCUCAUUCCGGCAUAUUUAAUAUUGUCUCCAAAAGAGCCCAAAAAGGAUAAAACCACCCUAGUCUGUAUCUGAAAUUGAAUCUGGGAUAGCAUUUUGACGGCGGCUAAAAAAAAAAAGUAUAAAAAAGCGUACAGUUGUGUUGUUUGAAGAGGGGUAGUUUAUAUAUAUAUAUAAAGAGAGAGGGGGGGGGGGGUUCCUGGAUGCUCAUUUAUUUGAAGGCAAAGAAAUGAUAAAAAUAAAGAAGAAAAAGCUUAGAGAAGAAAAGGAAUCACUUUGCACGCC